AUGGCUCCGAGUCCACAAUUUGACCUAGGUAAAGUGAGAGGUAUUAAGGCCAGGGAAGAGGAGAUAAACGAGGCUAAUGCUCUAGUUGAAUCUGAGUAUUUAAACAUUCUGAAUAACUUUUGCUUUGGUAGAGCUGUAUUUGAUAUUGUUCGUGUUUUCAAAAGGAGGGAAUUUGAUUUGGAUCUUGAACCGGCAAAACCACUAGUCGAAGACAGAAACAACUCACGACGCAAUUAUGAUGAUGAUGAUGAUGAUGAUGAUGAUACCGACAAAUCCUCCGACUCUGAUAAAUCGUCUGAAUCCGAUGAAUCAUCUCAUUCUGAUAGUUCAGAUGACACGGAAACAGAGGAACCAGAGACUCCUUCUAAUAAACGCGAUCGAAAGUGCUGCCUCUGUUGUGCGUGCUGCGAAUCAAAUAACAAAAUCAAUCAAAUUAUAAUCUUAUCCAAAACAGUUUAA